AUGCGGCAAGGAAACCCCGCUUGCCGAUGUACUGGAAAUGCCGAAGUGCAAAAGCGUGUGAGGAAGGAUAUAAUUUCUCGGGCUUUAAGCAGCGCGAAAUGGGAGGAUCUCAGCGACGUGGUAUUGGACGACAUUAUCGCCGCCAUUUGUUCGGCUAUUGCUGAUACGACGCCUUCUGCUCGCCUGGACAGCGUAAUUUUUAAAUCGAUUAGCGUCGAGCAGUGGGCGUGGUUGAUAUACGCUCUCGACGGCAGGGCGUCCUGCCUAACCGAUGCCGAUAACGUCGUGCCGACGGUGAUAGUUCGAGCAGAGACCUUGACCAACGCGAUUGUUGCAGUGCGAAAGGGCGGCUUCCCAGAAGUGUCUGUGGCUGUUUACGGAUUUCGCAAGAGGAAUGUCGCCCAAACAAGCACCAUCUUUGUCAGGACCUAA